AUGAGGUUGUUGAUUGCUGGUAUGAAGCUUGAGGUCAAUACUUUAGGGUGGGGGGAGGCCGGAAUUAGAUGGAGCGACCUACCGCAGAAGGUUAUAGACUUGGGGGUGAAGGUGGCACUUUUCAAAGAUAACAACGGUCAGACUCAGACGACAUCUACCUCAGUCUCCACAGCCAACGGAGUCUAUGACACUUGGGUGACCCUAAACCCCGGUCUUCAGGUCAGGCUUCCCACAAGUAAACCAUGGUGGUCCAGUGAUGGAAAUCUGGAGGGGCUCCGAGUUUGAUGAUGCCAAUGGAGAGAUGCCAGUUCAGAUUUGAGGCUUCAACGCCAGUCUACAGUUCUACACUAAAAACAACUACGCCUGUGCUCGUCUGUUCGUGAAGAAGUUCUUCACUGACUGGAAGGAUGGGUUUUAUAGCUCUUGG